CUGAGUGGUGAACCAUUAAGUACUGUACUUGAGUGUAUCACCUAGUCUUAAAAUGGAGCGCGUUUCAGAGCACUUGAGUCACCACAAAGGUAAUACCUUUGUCAAUCGGUGGACUUCUCCAGAGUACCUCGACUCACUUCAGAAUUUUCAGAUCAGAGACAGCGACUUAUUCUUGGUCACUUACCCCAAAUCAGGCACUAUCUGGACCCAGCAGAUUCUGAUCUCCAUCUGUGAGCUGUCUGGAGAUCUGAAUGAGUAUUCCAAUAAUCUGGAGCAAAUGCCUUGGCUGGAGCACAGAGGGACGCGCCCGGACUAUGCACUAAGACCCUCUCCUCGUCUUUUCACCAGCCACCUGCUCCCAGCUCUAAUGCCACCGGGGCUCAAAGACAAGAAGGCUAAGAUCAUAUAUGUGAUGCGAAACCCAAAGGACAACGUUGUUUCUUAUUACCACUUCUCCAAAAUUUUGGCAGGUCUGGAAAAUCCCAAUAGUUUUGAGGAGUUCUUGGAACAGUAUUUAGCAGGAAAUGUAGGGGAUUCAUCCUGGUUUGAUCACAUCCGUCUUUGGCGUUCAGUCCAUGACCAGUACAACAUCCUCUAUCUGACCUAUGAGGAAAUGAUACAGGACCUGAGAAGGGAAGUGGUGAAAAUUUGCAACUUCUUGGGAAAAGUUGUGAGUGAUGCAGACGUCGAUAAAGUUGUAGAGAAAUCAACAUUUGGGAUGAUGAAGAAGGACUCAAAAGCCAAUUAUAAGUUUUUACCAGAAAACAUAUUGAGUGGAGACUUCAUGCGCAAAGGGCGCAUUGGAGACUGGAAGAACACCUUCACUGUUGCUCAGAGUGAAAGAGUGGACCGAAUCCUGGAGGAGAGACUUGGAGACAUGAAUCUACAGUUUAUCUGGGAAUAAAAGAUCUCUAAAUAAUCUGAAGACUAAUACUGUACAAUUUAAAGUGAACAACAGAACAAAAAAAAUCAAAAAAAUGAAAUUAAUCCAUUGCAUCCAUUGUUGAUUAAACUGGUGUGUCUGUUUUCUACCUUUAGCAAGCGAUGAUGGGCUCUUUGGGACAGUGAAUACGCAUUGGACUUCUUGACAACAAUGUACUAUCUACUGAAAUUAUUUUUAAAUGAAUACACUUUGAAGUAAUAUAUAAUAUAAUAGUAACAUACUCUUACUUGUUUCCUGCUGUGGGUAACUCCACUAUUAAUAAUAGCUAUGUGCUGACAAUAUUAAUGGAU